AUGGCAACCGCACAAGCCGAGAUCGCAAGUCAAUCCAAGCGCCAGAACGACAUAUAUCAAAGCCAGACUCAAACGAUGCAGAACAUGGCCGAUGCAGCCAUCAUGAAUAAAGACAUCAGCGGACUCGAUGAGGUGACUCAGGAGUUCUACCGACUUCAAAGAGAGCAGAUCAUGCUCAAGCUCCGCGAACGAUCAAGAACUGAAGCCGAACGAGCUAGAGUAGCAUCAACUCAAGCGAGCUGCAGCACUCCGACUCAAGCAACAACCUCCUCUAGCAACACUCAAGCAACCACCUCCUCGACCAACAUCUCUAAUAGUACUCAAGCAACAACUGUUGCUACCAAUCCUCAACCCACAACCACCUCAAUUGAUAUACCUCAGUGCUCGAUCUGA